AAGUGUAAGUACCUAUCUAUUUUCACUUCGUGCCAACAAGCCGCUUUAUAACUCGAAAGUUUUAGACUUUUGAGUUAAAUAAUAGUUCCCUUUGCCUUGCCCUUCGGGAAAAUGAAAAGAAAAAAAAUAUCGAUUUUAAAAUUAUCGAUAGUUUGGCAAAUCUAGUACAAGCCAGGGUCAGCUAUGGUAUAAAUCAGCCCCUAAAAACUCCCAAAUUCAAUUCAUCGAUAUAUCAUAUUAAUGUAAAGGCAGAUAUUUUUAUUUUUCUAAAGAAGUUCAUCAAUUUUGAAUUGGAAUUCUGUAAUUUUGCUAUAAUAAAUAGACUAAACUAGCGAAGAAAUUUUGAAAUUUUCCUACUAUUGCAAAUUUAGCGCCAUCUAGCGUCUCUAUAGGAAACUUUUUCAAUAAGUAGGGAUAGUAAAUAGUAGGGAUAUGACAUGACCAUAUAAUAGAUGGCGCCAGAUUUUUUAUUGUGAACAUUUUUAAUUAUUUUAACUACUACUAGAUGACGCUGUAGAAUUUUAGAACGCGGUAUCGAGAUGUGUUCACAAGUCAUACUAAUGCAAUAGGAAUUUUCUAAAGUGCAUCCAUCUGUCGCAUGUCGGUCUGGGUACCAGCACCGCCAUGAACUAAAUCAAUUGAGUGCUUGUCUUGGGCCGGCAAAUUUUGGGACGGGACAUUGGAGUUUUAUCCAGUGCCCUGUAAAAUAAUUAAGCUCUGAAAUAUAGGUGCACUUCAGAUUACUAUUACUGAUCAGUGGUUACAGGCACCAAUUGUCAAAAUACAACUCGCAGUAAUAUUUGGAGUUCAAAAGUGGAUUUCAUGAUGUUAGACGUGUUACCUUACCAGAGACCAUUAGAUGACAUACUCAAAUAAGUGGUUUCGUAAAGAAAUAAAUGGUAUUUUUUGUUUUUUUACUUACAAAUACACUAGGGCCAGUUGAACCUUUUGUUGGGCGGUGUUAUUGAUGUGGUGGCAGGUGUGCUCGUGUCAGGCACGGCGUUAUAAUUUACAAAGGCCACCGUCACAAAGUUGUACAUGUUUCUCAGUACUCUUUUGUUUAGUUUGAGGCGGAAGAAGACAAUAGUUGUAGAAAAAUGAACAAUAUGGCAAUAAAAUCGCGUCGUGUCAAAAAAAAGUUCACUGAUUUCCAUUAUGGGUAGCAUUAGAGAGAUGCUUGAAUUCUGUAAUUUUACUAAACAUAGACUAGGUACCUCCUAAAUGAACUCAACUAGUUAAAUAUAAUAUGUAUUUUGAAAGAUCGGUUUUUUGCAUUUCAAGUCUAUUACAGAUCUUGUCAUAACACAUAACCUAACCUCACGACUAUAUUCCCAAGUAGGGUAGUCAGACAGAAGUUCAUAGCAUGAUGAACUUGGUGCCUACGCUUCACCAAACUUCUUAUUUUAGAUGAUCUACCCAAAUAAUUGGAAUCUUAAAAAAAUAAAAUGUAUCUGUUACUGUAAAAGUUCGAACUACGGUAAAUCUUAAGAUUUAAGUGUAAGUCUUAGGAUUUACCGAUAUGAGUAUAUUAUACUCAUAUCGAUAUGAGUAUUUUACCAUUCGAAUUCAGUAUAUGCUAGGUUUUACCACUGUCAGCUGGUACUACCAGAGGCAUCAAAUGGAUCGACACCUGAAUUCAAAUGGUUGUUACGUUCAUCGUCUAUUUCUUCUUCACUAUCUGUAGUUUCUUCGCUUGAUUUUAUGUUCCUCGUUUCUUCAUAAAAAAGAUCUGUCACCUUUAAGUAAUUCGAGCCAUUAUCAGUCGUAACAGAGUAGAGAUUGCUUAAAUUGAUAUGAAAACCUCCAAGAAUUUCCUGUCGGAAAAAUCAUGAACGUUUUAGUUUUUUUAUUAUUAUUUUUAGUUUCAUACUUUAGUAAUGGAAAAUGCCACUUGAUAUCAUCUCGGAAUCAUAGUUUGAAUUAUGCUUCAAAGUUUUUGUUACGGUGUCUUAGUGACACCCUGGAGAUAUACUUAAAUGAAAAAUAUAAAAAAAACACAUUUAGAAAAAUAGUGGUUUAUUAAUAUUACUUAAUUAUUUCGUAAUAAUCAUUUCUUGAACGCUUUAAUGACACUUUCUAUAGCUUCUAAAAAAGAUGGAAGCUGCUCUUCGUUAAUCUCCCUCACCGCCCACAUGAAAAGAAGAUUAUCAAUUUGCCCUAGUACCUACCUAUUUCUUUACACACCUAUACCUACUAGUUAUCAAAUACCUAAUUGUAUUGUACCGAUAUUGAAUAACAUUAAUAUUAUUAAUGUGCCAAUAUAAUUAUUUUUUUCAAAAGUUAGUUGAAUCACACCGGGAUUUAUUGCAAUCGAAUGUUUAGUAUUAUAAAGUAUUAUUAGUACCUAAUGUCUUGCUUGUAUGAUGUUCUAUCUCUGUCACUUGUCAGGUGAACCUUUUGUUAAGUGAAAAGUUGUAAUAUUUGAACAAAACCUAAUAUUCUUAGUAUUUUUUCUUUUGUUUAGGCGGAAGAGGACAAUAGUAUAAUAAACAAUGUGGCAAUAAAAUCACUUAACCUCUUAACAAUAUUUAAACAAUGGGUUUUUGAUUUUAAAAGAACAUUUGGUCUUACGACUUUCAUGUCAAAAUUAAGUUCACGGAUUUCCAGGAAGUUUAACAAUAGGCGGUGACUACAAAUGUUUUUUUGUGCCGGUGCACCGUCGUCGGUGCGGUGGCGGGGGUGUGCGGCGUACUUGCAGUCGGCCAGUCAGUGGCAGUCACUCUUCUCUCAGCUUUUCUAGACAGCGGUCGUUCCCUUGUUUCGAAAUGGCUCGUAGAUUGAGUGACGUGGAAAGAGAUUUAGAGCAUAUGUUCUUUUCAGAUGGCGAGGAGAGAUUCUCCGAUGCCAGUGUUGCUGGUGAGCAUCACCUAUCGGCCAGCUCGGAUUCCGAGACCGAUGACGACGGUGUGGAUCCGGCCAACAACAGCGGAGAUGAAGACGACGAGUAGGCCGACGAACGGGAGCAGCCACACUUGGACUUCACCGCAACGCCCGUAGUCAACGCUGGCACAGCUGAGUCACCCUUUGAUUAUUUUAAUUUAUUUUUUAAUCUUAGUUUCUGGCAGACCUUGGUGGCAAGUGUGAACACCCAUGCCAUUCAAGUUCUGCUUGAAGCAAAUUCUGAAAAUGCGAGGAUUAAUCGCUGGAAGGACACCAAUGUUGCAGAAAUGCAAAUCUUUAUGGGUUUGUUAUUUCACAUGGGUCACAUUAGAUUACCGCGAAUAAAUGAUUACUGGCGCCGCGAUAUUUUAUUUAACUUUUCAUUUAGACGUUUUAUGAGCCGGGAUAGAUUUUUAUUAAUACUUAGGAAUUUGUGUUUUUCAUCUCCUGGUAAUAUUAGUCAAAAUUCUAUAAUUCGUCACACUAAACCAAUCAUUGAUUUUUUUAAUAAUUUGAUGGCAACAUUGGUGACUCCGGGGAGAAAUUUGACCAUUGACGAAACGUUAGUAUUAUGGCGAGGACGUCUUUCAAUCAAGCAGCACAUCAAGGGCAAACGGCAUAAGUUCGGUAUCAAAUUGUAUGUGCUGGCUGAUUCAAAAGGCACUUGCCAGAAAAUUAUAAUGUACACUGGGGCUGCGGACCCAGCAGUGGGUGGUAGUGGCCAUACAGACAAAGUAGUGAAGUCAUUGAUGGAAAAAUAUUUCGAUCAAGGGUAUUCGCUAUAUAUGGAUAACUUUUAUAAUAGUGUAGGUCUUGCUGAAUAUCUCCUUGCUCGUAAAACGUACUGUACUGGUACUUUGAGAGCCAGGAGAUUACGCAAUCCACCUCAUAUUAAAGCACGAGUGGCUAGGGGUAGCUGUCUUUAUAAAUUUAAUAGACGCGGGGUGUGCGUUGCAAAUUUUAAAGAUAAGCGGACAGUUUUAUCCAUUUCAACGCAAUAUAGCGGAUCUUUAGUUGAAACGUCCAAUAGACGGGGUAAUGUUGUAAGAAAACCAGAGAUGGUUGUACAUUACAACAGGAAUAUGAAAGGAGUCGAUUUCAAAGAUCAGCUGCUUUCAUAUUAUACAUGUUACCCCAAGACCAUGAGGUGGUAUAAGAAAAUUGUUGUUCACAUUUUCCAAGUAAUGGUCUUAAACGCAUUUUUAACGUAUAAAAUAAACAACCUAAGCGCAACUUUCUAUAGCUUUCGAAUUGAUAUUGUUAGACGUCUUUAAAAUUUACCGUAUCAAGUUAAUGACCGAAACAUACAAACUGACAACAGACAUAUUCGCACAAAUUUAGGAGAAGUAAUACAUCUGCCCUCUGAAUGUCCAAAGGACACCAGAAACAGGAGCAUGAGACGUCGAUGCGCUUUAUGUUGGCGAAAGCAUCAGCUUCGCAAGAUGGUUUAUUUUUAUUGUAAAAAAUGCCCUCAGGAACCAGGAUUAUGUUUAUCGUGUUUUGGAGAAUUCCAUAAUUAUAAAGAGUAAUAUAUUUUAGACCGUUUAAAAAUUUAAAUUACAGUAGUUUUUUUAUCUUGUUGAUUGUUAUGAUAAGCGUUUAAGACCUCUACCUCUUCCGGUUGAUUGACGGGAGGCCUUUGCCCAGCAGUGGGACUAAUAUAGGCUGUUUAUGUUAGUAGUUUCAACAUUUUUCGUGAAUUUAUGUAUGUACGUAAUGAAAUACCAUAGUCUCUGCUUACCCCGGCGAGAAAUAGGCGUGAGUUUAUGUAUGUGUGUGCUCUUUUGAAUUAGCCGUUUAAUUUUUUUCUUUUAAUAUUUUUUCAUACUUACUACUUUGUCUUGUUCAGCAAUGGUGGACUGAUUUGAUUUGUUUUAGAGAUAUAAGUAAUUUUAUAUUUAUAUCUGGUAAUUGUUUUGUACUUUGAUACUACAUAGAUUUCAUUUUCAGGUACCAUGCCGGUAUUUCUUCAAGCAGAAGUAGAUUUAGUUUAAUUUAAGAAUUAAUGUCAUUGUUGUACAUAUACUUUUUUUUUUCAUUGUAAACAAAUGAUUACUUAUUUUGUUGAUUUUCUUAUUUUUAGUUUACCUAGUAAAGUUUGAUUUUUCGUAU